AUGAUCCAGGAGGGUCAAAUAUACACAGGGCGCGUGCGAGGCAUUAAGCCUUUUGGGGCAUUCAUAUCUAUAAGAAGCGAGGAAAAAUCCAAAGACGGGCUCUGUCACAUUUCACAGAUCUCUACUCGACGAUUGGAAUCCCCAUCUGAGAUUUUGAAAACCGGACAAGAGGUUUUUGUUAAGGUGAUAAAGGUCCAGAAUGACGGCAAGAUUUCUCUUUCUAUGAAGAACAUUGAUCAGAGCAAAGGUGUAGAAAUUUUGGAGACAGAAACAAUGGAAUCACGCGGACAGAAGCGAAGACAGGACGCAGAUCUCUGGGAGCUGACACAAAUGAACAAUGCAUUUGGUGCUAAAAGAAUCGCCCUGAUGGGCAACGGCGGCGAGGAUCCGUAUGCAGAGGUGGACGAAGCUCCAGAACAGGACUCAGAAGAAGAAGAAGUGGAAAUAGAGGUGUCAAAAAGUGUGCCAUCGUUCUUGAAGGGGAAGAAUCUCAAACCGGAUGUGGAUGAGUCAGCUCUCACCGUGACCAAAAAUCCGGAAGGCUCCAUGACAAGAGUUGCGCAGUAUGGAUCGAAGUUUAUGAGUGAGGCCAAGACGAGAAAGCUGGAGAAAAAAAAGGAGGAAGAGCGCAACAAGAGGUUAGAGGAGAAAAUUAGGAUGAACGGUGAUCCUUUGAACCAAAUGACGAGGCCUACCGAGAACGAGAUCAAAAAGUCUGCAUACGAAGAAUGGCAGCGCCAGUCCAAAAACCAGUCGUACGGUAUCCGGUCCAACAUGAGUAUCAAGGAACAGCGAGAGUCUCUACCUGUUUAUCAAAAAAGAGAUGAGCUUCUUCGGUUAGUGCAGCAGAACGAUUUCCUCAUCGUCGUUGGUGAAACAGGUUCCGGAAAAACCACGCAGAUCACGCAGUAUUUGGCAGAGGAAGGCUAUUCCUCUAAAGGAACUAUUGCGUGUACGCAGCCAAGGAGAGUGGCUGCUACCAGUGUGGCAAAAAGAGUUGCGCAAGAAGUCGGCUGUAAAGUGGGCGAAGAAGUCGGUUACACGAUUCGUUUUGAAGACUGUACGAGUAACAAGACCAUAAUCAAAUACAUGACCGAUGGUAUGUUGCAACGAGAAGCUUUGGUGGAUCCAGACCUAAUGAAGUACUCUGUGAUCAUGUUGGACGAAGCUCACGAGCGGACGAUUGCUACAGACGUGCUUUUUGCGCUGUUACGGGAGGCCGUGAUAAGACGCGAAGGUGGUCUCAAGCUUAUCGUCACCUCUGCUACGCUAGAUUCUCAGAAAUUCUCCAGAUACUUUGAAAACUGUCCCGUUUUUCACAUCGAGGGACGAACUUUUCCGGUCAAAAUUUUCUACACAAAGGAGCCAGAACUCGAUUACAUCCAGUCUUCCAUUCAGACCGUUAUAGACGUGCACACUAAUAACCCCCCCGGCGACAUCCUCGUGUUUUUGACCGGUAAAGAGGAAAUUGAUACUUGUUGCGAAACAUUGGUCGAGAAAAUGAGUCUGCUGCGUGCAGAAAAACCUCAUGUCUCGGAACUGAUUGUUUUGCCGAUCUAUUCUUCGCUACCGUCAGAAAUGCAAAGCCGUAUUUUUGAGCCAACUCCGUCUGGAAAACGCAAAGUUGUGCUUGCCACAAACAUAGCCGAGACAUCUGUCACGAUCGAUGGAAUCUACUACGUUAUUGAUCCGGGCUAUGUCAAAGUCAACGCUUACGAUCCAAAGCUGGGGAUGGACUCGUUGAUUGUGCAGCCGAUCUCUCGCGCUCAGGCAGAUCAACGAUCUGGUAGAGCAGGAAGAACAGGCCCUGGUAUCUGCUACCGUUUAUACACAAAGAACGCAUAUUUGAACGAGAUGCCAGCCAAUACUGUUCCCGAGAUUCAACGCCAAAAUCUGUCUUAUACGAUCCUGAUGCUGAAGGCAAUGGGAAUCGACGAUGUUCUUGGCUUCAACUUCAUGGAUAGACCGAAAGAGCAGCUUAUUCUCACAGCGCUGGAAGAGUUGUACAUUUUAGAUGCGUUGGACGAAAAUGGAGUUCUGACAGAGUUCGGAAAACGAAUGGCAUUCUUCCCGAUGGAACCAUUACUGUCCAAGACUCUGAUCCAGUCAAUCGAGUUCAAAUGCUCCGACGAGGUCAUCACCGUCAUUGCCAUGCUUUCGGUGCCGGAUAUUUUUUAUCGUCCGAAAGAAAAACGGGACGAGGCAGACCGCAUAAAAGCUAAGUUCCAUGAUUACAACGGAGACCAUCUAACUCUCUUGAAUGUUUACAACAAGUGGUCCGAUGCGGACAACCCGAGACUUUGGUGUCAGAACAACUUUAUUCAUGAAAAAUCGAUGCGAAGAGCCAGAGAGGUGCGCAGGCAGCUUUUGAAAAUUUUCGACAAUCUCGACAAGCGAGAACGUCAGGCGGAAUCGUCUGUAAUCAGCUGCCGCGGGAACUGGGAUUUGAUCCGCAAGGCUUUCGUUUCUGGGUUCUUCAAAAAUUCUGCGAAACGCGCAGCAACACACGAUCCAGACGAAGGAUCCUACCGGACUCUGGUCGAGAACACUCCCGUGCACAUCCAUCCUUCGUCCUCGCUAUUCCGGAAACACGGGGUCGACUAUGUGAUAUACCACACGCUUGUGCUGACUAAUAAGGAGUACAUGCACUGUAUCACCAAAAUCGAUCCAAAAUGGCUGCUGAUGUACGCUCCGCGCUUUUUCAAGACUGCUGACUCGUCGCAGCUGAGCACCAAGAAGAAAACGGAGAAACUGCAGCCUCUGUUCAAUAGAAAUGAUCCAAAGGAAAAUUGGAGACUCAGCAAGGGUAGGCGUUGA